CACUUGAUUUUCUCAAGCGUGAAUGAAGCGCCAGUUCAGGCCGCGGUUUGCGUGAAGUGAAAGUGUCCAAGAAACACGGACCCUAAGUUGGAUCGUUUAGUAAUUUUUGAAAAAACGUUCAGAGUGUGAUUAGGGGCCGACGAUGAUUCCAGCCUGGAAGACGAUUCGACCCUAAAAGGGAAGCAAAACCAAGCAUGGUCGGAGACGUACUCGAAUCAGGGGUCCACGUCGGAUUUGUCUACGACUUCGUCGGAACAACAGUUCAGUUUGAAAGAUAGCUCGACCCGCUGCAACAGCGACUUCCAAUGGAUCCGUAAGGAACCGACGCCCCCCUCCUCUCCGAAAAUGGAAGAGGUGGACCAGAUCCCAGUCACGAAACCUCCCCUGAACCGCCCCUUACGCGACAAAACGCCCCGCAAAGAGAAAGGCGCCCCCGGAAGUCUGGAUCGAAGGAGGCAACACCACCAGAACAGGCACGAACGAGACCAAAAGUCAAGGUCUUCGCACAUCCUGAAAAGUCCACCCAGGUUAGAUGAUUUCGCCGGUCCGGGCUGUCAGAAUUGGUGCUGCAACCCACACGACUACUGCUACGAGAACUUCCAGAGGCGGCAUGAACGGCUGGAUCCCCAGAGGUACGGGAGUAAUCCCAUGUUGGAGCAACACCCCCAUCAGAGGUUCGUCGAUAGGGGAAGCCAUCCGGACAUUUACGGGGACUAUAACAGACUCAGGCAUGAAAUGCAGUGUUGUUCUUAUCACGCCGUUCCACCACCAGCUUGUUGUUUUUACGGAGACAGAAGCUAUCAUUGGACCCCGCCGCCUUACCCCAAGCCCGGAGAACAAGAUGAAAAGCUGCGAAAAAUUCAAUACGAAAAGGAAAACCUGGCACUACAAGUCCAGGUUCUCACCGACCAAAUUGAAGCACAAUCAGAUAAAAUUACCGACUUGGAAAAAAUGUUACAAGAGAAAAAACAGCUUUUAUCAGAGGCCGAGGACAAAUUGCAACGGGAAGUUCUGUCCAGAUCAUCACUAGAAACGCAAAAACUGGAACUCAUGUCUAUAAUGAGCGAACUGAAAUUACAACACGCAGCUUUAGAGAGGGAGAAUUUAGAAUUAAGGAAUAGUCAGUACAACAAUAAUUCUGAGAUAAAGAAACCACCUGUUAUGCCCAGGAUGGCUUCACAACCAACGCUUACUUCCACCCCGGUGCAGCUUGCUGGCAAUCAGCAACCAAAUGUAAGAAUGUCUCCAGCUCCUAGUCCAGUCUCAGUAGCGGGUAAUAGCCCGAGAAGAAUAGAAACGGCAUCACCUGUUCCUCAAGAAAAUCAGCAACCAAAGACACCGCCUGCGAACUUCAAACGUCAGAUCGACAUACAGUACGGAAGCCUUCCCAGGCAGCAGUUCCUAGCCAAUGGAACCCACAACGUGGUGGACAGCAACGCGAAUCCUGCCAAUGGAAGCAAAAAGGGGGUAGCCUUUGGUAGGGGACUUUAUUCACUGGUGGGGGGCAGACACAGGGGAUUCUCGGUCCCGAAUUUAGCUGAAACUGAAAAAGUUGUGAUAGAAGAUGGUACGAGUGAAUCUCCAGGUUCCCCUGCUCUCUCAUUCAAUAAAAGUAAAGGAAUCAAAAAAAUAUUCGGUAAAAUCAAGAGAUCGGGAUCUGGAAACUUAGAAGACAUACCAGGAUUGAGCGAAUUUCAAAGAGGCGGCGUCAGAGCUACUGCGGCAGCCAGAUUAGGAUGGAGUGAACCGCAAAUCAGCGUCAAAAUAGAAAAAGAACUGAACAUCAAAAAUCCGUUACACAGAAAAAAGUUGCAGCUCGCUCUGAUAGACACCCAAGCGAAUGGAUCUAGCGAUCUGUAUCUAACUCAGGCAGGUAAGCUGGACACGGCCUGGGUGUUGAGGUGGCUAGACGACACGGGGUUACCUCAGCACAAAGAGAAUUUUCUAAUCAACAGGGUGGACGGACGGGUUUUACAUAGACUGACCAUAGAUGAUUUAGCUCUCCUACACGUUACAUCCAUGCUGCACGUAGCGAGCAUAAAGAGGGGAAUUCAGGUUUUGAGGGAGAACAAUUACGAACCAGCUUGCUUACAGAGGAGAUCCCUCCCAGACGAUCCUCCCCAACCGACUCCGAAACAAAUAUCACUGUGGACCACUCAUAGGGUAAUGGAAUGGCUGAGAGCCGUCGACUUGGCAGAAUAUGCUCCAAAUCUGAGAGGAGCAGGCGUUCAUGGUGGUCUAAUGGUGCGAGAAACGAAAUUCAACGCCGAAUUAUUAGCUUCCUUACUAGCAAUUCCUCCGGGAAAAACAUUAUUGAGGAGACAUCUCAACACCCAUUUCAAGGAGUUGUUAGGUAAAGAUAUAAUUCAGGAUAAAAGAGAAGCGGAAUCCACCAUGGGUUAUAUUCCUUUGACACCCUCAUCAAAAUUGAAGGUUCCGAAAAAAUCUCAAUUCUCGUUGAAGAGGAAAAAAUCCAAAGGCGAAGCAGAUUACGGUGAUUUAGUGUGCCCGUUAAAUCCAGAUAAGACAGGUGAACUGGGUUCUGCUCUUAACAGCUCUGUGGGUAUGAUGAGGACGGAAAGCCUCGAGGAAGAGGGUGUCUCUCAUCUCGUUGAGUAUAAGUCUGCAAGAUCACUACCAGCGUCUGUAGGAAAUUCCCCGAUUCCUCAAAGACAUGUUUGAUAAUAAUUAGUAUUAAGAACUGCGAUAAACAAAAUAUUAGAUUUUGACAGAUAUCAGAAAUGUUUCAAUAUAUUUUUGAAUUUUAUGAAGGAAUUGAGAUUCAAAUUCAUAAAAUAUUUUAAUUUUUGGCCAAACAGAAUUUCUAAAUAGAUUUUACCUUUUCAAUGAUUCUACGGAGUGAGUAAAUAAUUUUGAAAGGACGUACACUAUUGACCAUACAAAAAUCUUUGUAAUAUAAAAGUUUCUUGAUAGUCUAACCUAAAACUAUUUUUAAUUAUACUAAUUUUUUAUGACUAGUGCUAAAAAGAAGAUUCACUUCUCUUUCAUCAGACUUGGUAAGUUUAUGAUGCUUGCUUACAUCUAGAUCACGGUCGAUAGAAGUGAGUAUAAUAUUUCAAAAAGUAUCCAGCUUAGUUCUCAUAUACUAGUGGGUGAAACCUGACAUCGCUGUUUUAAAUAUUACUGGAGUUUUUUUCCCAACACCAAACCGUUAUUUUAACACCUCGACACGUUU